GAGAAGAUCUGAGCUUCCUAUUGUUUUCACAGCUACUGAACAAAGUUGGACUAACGCAGAAAAGUGAUGCACCUGAAGAUUUAGGCCAGAAAAAAAACAAUGGAUACAAAAAGCAGAGAACAACUGCAGGAGCAACUUGGCGAGUACAUUUUAGACACUCUCAAAUACAUUCAAACAAUCAAAGAAUUCUGUGGCCAAGAAGAAAAAUGGACCCUCCAGAGGGAGACGGAACUCGAGACCAUGAGAGACAUCAAAGAUCGGGCAGAUAAAAUCAGCCUAAGGUUCGACCACGUUCAAAACUCAACGGACAAGGCCAAAGCUUUCGGUGAGUACCUGUGGAGCGGUCUGACCCAGAUCACAGCAGAUUCCAAGAAACAAGAACUGGAGAAAGAGCUGGGGGAAGUUCUCAUGGGUACUUUGGAAGGAUUGAAGAAACUCCAGCACUUCCUGGAAUCAAUAGAAAUGCUAGCGGUCACCUCACUGUUUGUUUUCUCGAGUGAAAGCUUCAUGCCAAGCGGUGUGACUGCUGCCAGUGUUCGGUCAGUGAUCUCUAAUGCCAGAAGGGUAUCGCCUCUGCUCAUCCACUUCAAGAGAGAUGCAGAAGCUUUCUUCCUGCCAAGCCUCAGCAAUGUGGAUGUCUUGGCCUUCCAGCUGGACAAAUACAUCCGCAUUACUCAGCAGCUCUGUGAGAAGAUCGAGAAAACUUCAACAACGUAUUCAUUUCUUUGCAGAUCCAGGGGUGUAUCAGGUUCUGGAAAUGGCUAUAAAUGGAAGAAUGGAAACACUUCACUGAAGUUCACCUUGAGCAUAAGUGAGGAGUCGGUACAAAAACUGUCUGAUCAUCUGACUCAGCUAAACAAAAUCAGGGCGGACGAGUCGCUCAGGCUGACCUUUCUGUUUGAUAAAGAGGCACAACGCUUCAUUGGUUUAUUCAGUCAGCGCUCCUCCAGAAUGUUUCAGUUCCUGUCUGAUUUAGAGGAGACGGCAGUUCAGCUGGACAGAAUGAAAAUGGGCUCCAACAUCUCCACCGUGGCUGGGAGUUCAGUAGGCAUUGCAGGGGGUGUGUUGUCCAUCGUAGGUUUGGCCCUUGCUCCUGUCACAGCGGGUGUAUCUUUGGCCCUGACACUGACUGGCGUCGGGCUUGGAGUCACCAGUGGUGUCAACAGCAUAGUCACAAGCGUCACUGAAGUUGCAGUAAACAGUCAUCAUGGAAAAAAUGCCAACAACAUCUUCAUCAAAUUCAUGGAGGAUUUACAGAAGCUUUUAGAAUUUUCAGAAGAAGUGGCCAGCAGUGAGGAACCUGAAGUAGGUCCAGAUGUGGUUUUCACGGCGCUCGAAACUGGAAAAAUAAUAGCUCGGGCUGGAGUAAUCCCCAACCUUGCUGCAGACCUACCUGACAUUGGACAGGCGGCUAAAGGCACUCCUCUGGCCCUGUCCCAGUCAGCUAGGGCUGGAUUCAUAACCUUGAAUGCCCUCUUCAUUGGGCUAGAUGUUCUGUUCAUCUGUAAAGAUAGCAUCAGCCUGGCCAAAGGAAGCAAAAAUGAGGCGGCUCAGCUCAUCCGGGCCAGAUCCGUCCUGUGGCGCUCCGAGGUGGAGGCAUUGGAGAAGGUCAGUAACCACCUGUGCAAAGGGAUUUGGAAGUUUCGCAAGAGCCAGGCCAUCCUGGAGCAACCCUUUCACCCUUAAAGACGAUGACCAAAAUGAUCACACAGCAGGACAUAAAUAAAAAAAAAAUAAAAAAAUGUUUCUAACUCACUGAAUGAUUUUAAUGAAAAUCGUACAAAUGUGUUUAGAUAAACAAUAAUCUGAUUCAUUCAUGUAUUUGUUUGUACAUAUAUUACAAGACAUUCCUUUAUUGCUGAGUAUUAUAAACCUGUUUAAUAUUGGUGAAGCUUCUGGUGCUUUACUUUUUCUGGUGAGUACUUUUUCACACCAGAGCUAAUUAUAGGUAUUUAAGGGGAACGGUAACUUGUCAAUCAGGUGUUUCAUCUACUGUGUAAAAUCUUUCAGUUGUGAAACCAUUGCAUUGUUUAUAUUUCUCUUUUUAUUAUUUUGUGAAAGUCCUGCCUAUUAUG